GAUAGAGAUUGAAUAGAAAGAUGAAUCAGAGCAGUAGCUAUUGACCUAAUUGUAGUGAAACGUGAUUUCAGCUAAGCUUCUCUUCCUCUUUUCUGUUUUCUCUUUAUAAUAGCCAGCCCAUUCUCACUUACUUCACCCUAUUUGUCCUUUUUCUCAUUAUAAAUAUCAGUCAGUUCUAGCUCCCUUACUCUUCCAAAUCAAACUCUGUCUCCUCUUCUCCAUCUGAGCUUCUAUUCUAGUCAUUUCCUUUCAAUAAUGGCUAUGAGGGUUUCUCUUUUACUUGCUCUCUUCUUGCUUUUCAAUUUGUCUGUUUUUGCUGCUCAAUAUAGGGAAGGAUUUCUUAACAAUGGCAACUUUGAGGAGAAACCAAAACCCAGCGACAUAAACAAGACAGUACUAAAAGGAAAAACUGCACUUCCUGGCUGGGAAAUAAAUGGACGAGUAGAAUACAUUUCUGCUGGGCCACAACCUGGUGGGAUGUAUUUUGCAGUGGCACAUGGUGUUCAUGCUGUGAGAUUAGGAAAUGAUGCAUCAAUUUCUCAAACAAUAACUGUAAAGCCAGGAUCUUUAUAUGCCCUGACAUUUGGUGCUUCAAGAACUUGUGCACAGGAAGAGGUUUUGAGAGUCUCUGUCCCUCCUUUGUCUGGAGACUUGCCAUUGCAGACAUUGUAUAGUAGUAAUGGUGGGGAUACUUAUGCUUGGGGAUUUAUAGCCAAAUCUACUGUUGCUAAAGUGAUAUUUCAUAAUCCUGGUGUACAAGAAGACCCUGCUUGUGGACCACUUAUCGAUGCUGUUGCUAUUAAAGAGCUCUUUCCUCCAAGGCCAACUAGAUAUAACUUGGUAAAGAAUCCCGGAUUCGAGGAAGGUCCUCAUCUCUUUGUGAACUCAUCCAAUGGUGUUCUUCUCCCUCCAAGACAAUUGGAUCUCACAUCUCCACUUCCUGGUUGGAUCAUCGAAUCGCUUAAAGCUGUGAAGUUCAUCGAUUCGAAGCACUUCAAUGUUCCUUUCGGACUUGCUGCAGUUGAGCUUGUUGCAGGAAGGGAAAGUGCCAUUGCCCAGAUCCUUCGAACAAUUCCUAACAAGGUCUAUGGUCUCACAUUCUCUGUAGGAGAUGCAAAAAAUGGCUGCCAUGGAUCGAUGAUGGUCGAAGCAUUCGCCGCUAAAGACACCUUUAAGGUUCCAUUUGAGUCUCAAGGAAAGGGAAAGUUCAAGACUGUCAGUUUCAAGUUCAAAGCAGUUUCAGCCAGGACAAGAAUUACAUUCUACAGCUCAUACUACCAUACUAGGAUUGAUGACUUUGGAUCCCUUUGUGGCCCUGUACUUGAUCAAGUUAGGGUUUUCCCUAUUGCUUAGAUAUUAAAUUCUAUUAUCAGCCAAACUUUUAUAAUUAUAGUGGGAGUCUGUAAAACGGUCUUUUGAUCCAAAAUUUUUUGUAAAUUUGACCGUUUGAGACAUAUGCUUUGCUUUUGUAUCCAUCUAAAACAUGUAUUUUCCUAAAGGUUUGAUUUUAAGUGAAUGAGAGAGACGUCAUUUUCUUA